AUGACUAGUUUUGAAGAUCUUUCCAAUGAGAUUUUCUAUGAAAUAUUUGAAUUUUUACAUUCGUAUGAAGCAUUUCAUUCAUUUUAUGAUGUAAACCAACGAUUUCGAAAUCUAUUUAUUAAUUCGAAUCAUCUGAUUACCGUUGAUAUUUCAUCAAAAUCAGAAUCUAUUUUACAACGUUAUGUUAAUUGUAUCAUUGUUCCAUAUGCUCCUCGAAUCAAAUCGCUUCGUUUAUUCGAUUCGUUUGCUCAUGAACUAUUUUUAUCAUUAAGUCCGAUAAUAAAAAACUUUACACAACUUCAAGCAAUUACUUUAAACAAACUUGAUAAUAAUUACGUGAGGCAAAUUAUAGAUCAAUUGUUUUCCUUAUCAACUUUAUCUUCAUUAACCAUUCGAUUCGCAAAUAAUGUUGGAAUUCCACCCAAUAUAUAUAUAGAAAUCAUUCAUCUUCCCGCUUUGAAAUAUUGUCAAAUAUCAUUAAAUGAAUGUAAAUUAUUGCCGUGCGCAUACACCAGUGCAUCGAGCUCCAUAGAACAUCUUGUAUUAAAUGAAUCAUUUAAUCUUGAACAACUUGAUGAUUUAUUAUCCUAUAUGCCAAAAUUACGACGUUUAACAAUCGACGAUUUUUGUGGUUUUUCAAGUAAACGAACAAAAAGGAGUUUAUUUUCCUGGAAUUCUUUAACAAAGAUGGAAAUUAUCAAUGAUGAUCGUGCAAAAUACAAUCGUUCUCAAAUACAAAAAUACAACAAUAUCAAACUGAAACAACAGCGAUAUAAAAUCGAACAAAGAACAACAUCAAAUGGUAGUCGGAUGAAAAAUUCAUUGAUUAAUUUACGUACUGAUAUAACUUCAAAUUUAAUCGAUGAAGUUGACGAUGAUAUUAACCAAACAAAAGUCGAAAUUUUGUUAUUUUAUUCAGCUCCCACAUCAUUUAAAAACUCGAUCAAUAUUUUCCCAUCUCGGAAAGAAUCAUACUAUCCAUUUGAAAUAUUAUUAUUUGCUGCUGCAUGUGAAGGAAAUAACCGAUUGAUUGAUGUAUGUUUGAACGAAUUAUGUGAUAUUGAUAUUAAUAUACAAUUAAAUGAACAUUUACGUAAUCUAAUGCAAAAUAAUCUAUUGCAAACUUGUUCAUCAGAUCAAUGUGGUGGAACACCUCUAUGGUUUGCAUGUUAUUAUGGUCAUUUAAAUAUAGUUCAUAAAUUAAUUAAAUAUGGUAAUGCAGAUGUUGAUCUUCCUAAUGAUAAAUAUCAAUCACCCCUUCAUGCAGCUAUUUUUCAAAAACAUUACGAUAUUAUUAGAUAUUUAGUUGAACAAGCAAAUGCGUUUAUAGAUGAAACUCGACAUCUGUUUAUUGCUCUUCAAACAAGAAAUUAUGAUAUUAUUGAUUAUUUGUUAAUUCAAGGAUGUGAUCCAAAUACUCGUUUAAUUGAUGAAUCAACAGAUUCGACUUAUUUUGCAUUACAUUAUGCUAUUUGUCAGAUCCCUUCCGAUAUAUCGAUUGUUCAAACUAUCUNAGAUAUUGGUGUAUUAUGA